AUGACUGUGCACCUGUUUGGGGCAGCAUCAUCCCCAGGAUGUGCCAACUAUGGACUAAAACAAGUGUCGAAGGAUUACGAGGACCAGUACGGUUCAGAUGCAACCAAGUUUGUGCAUGAGAACUUCUACGUCGAUGACGGAUUGACUUCCGUAUUCACAGUAGAAAAAGCUGUUCAGCUCAUAAAGAAGAGCAAACAGAUGUGCAGUGAGGGUGGAAUAAGACUCCACAAAUUCAUAUCGAAUUCAAGAGACUUCCGCAUUACACUCAAGGAUCAACCUCUCGUCAGACGGAGUGUGCUAUCAACCAUUAACUACAUCUACGAUCCACUGGGAUUCAUAGCUCCUGUUGUGUUAACAGGCAAACAAAUUUUGCAAGCUGUUUGCAAGGAUCAGCUGGAUUGGGUCAGCCCCUUAACAGACAAUCUAAAGAUCUCAGUGGGAGAAAUGGAGGUCUGA